AUGGCUGCUACUUUAAAGAACAACACCGAUUACAUUACAUUGAACAAUGGUGAUAAAAUCCCAGCUGUUGGUUUGGGUACUUGGCAAGCUACUGAAAAGGAUGCUGCUUACAACUCUGUGAAGGCAGCUUUACAGAACGGUUACAGACACAUUGAUACUGCUGCAAUUUAUGGUAACGAAGAAGAAGUUGGCAGAGGUAUCAAGGAUUCUGGGGUUUCAAGAGAAGAGAUCUUUGUUACAACCAAAUUAUGGAACGCAGACCAUAAGAAGGCUGAAGAAGCAUUGAAUACCUCUUUGAAGAAAUUGGGUUUGGAUUAUGUCGAUUUAUACUUAAUUCACUGGCCGGUUUCUGUUAAGCCUGAUACCAAGGAACCAUACAGCGACUGGGACUACGUGAACACUUAUAAAGAAUUGCAAAAAUUAAAGGCUAGUGGAAAAACGAGGGCCAUUGGUGUCUCUAACUUUACUGUUAAGAAGCUUGAAAGGUUAUUAUCUGAUAAGGAGGUCACAGUAAAGCCAGCCGUUAAUCAAAUUGAAGCACACCCAUUAUUGACCCAACCUGAAUUGACUGAAUAUUUGAAGAAGAACGAUAUCGUAAUUGAGGCUUACUCUCCAUUAGGUUCUUCUAACUCUCCAUUAUUCAAGAACGAAACAGUUGUUGCUAUUGCCGAGAAAUACCAAGUUGAACCUGCUCAGGUUUUGGUCUCUUGGGCUAUUCAAAGAGAUACAGUUGUCUUACCAAAGUCUGUCACUGAAUCUAGAAUUAUCUCCAAUUUGAAGACAUUCAAGUUAUCUGAUGAAGAUUUCAAGACAUUAAAUAACUUAUCUCAAAAGGAUGGCGUUGUUAGAACCUGUAACCCAGGUUUCAACAACUUUGAUGAUUAA